GCGGCCUGUGCACGGCGGCGGCGGCGACGGCGGUGGCCUGAGCCGCGCGGUUCCGCAUCCGCCGAGUGUGAUGAGGCUGCCCUGCGUCGGGGCUCCGCUCGCCGCCAGCUGACAGCGCCGGCACCCAGCCCGCCCGCGAGGGCUGACGCCGCGGGGCCGUGACCUUGGCCGAGGAGUCUCUCUAACCCUCUGCAGGGCAGACGGAUCGUUCCAGUGCCUGAGAGCUGACCAAGUGUGGGGUGACAUGGCCCAGGGGAAUAAUUACGGGCAGACCAGCAACGGGCUGGGGGAUGAAUCACCCAACAUGCUGGUGUACAGAAAGAUGGAAGACGUCAUAGCACGCAUGCAAGAUGAAAAAAAUGGAAUUCCUAUCCGUACCGUCAAAAGCUUUCUUUCCAAGAUACCUAGUGUCUUCUCUGGGUCAGACAUUGUUCAAUGGUUAAUAAAGAACCUAACUAUAGAAGAUCCAGUGGAGGCACUACAUUUGGGAACAUUAAUGGCUGCCCACGGCUACUUCUUUCCAAUCUCGGAUCACGUCCUCACACUCAAAGAUGAUGGCACCUUUUACCGGUUUCAGACACCCUAUUUUUGGCCAUCAAAUUGUUGGGAGCCAGAAAACACGGACUAUGCGGUUUAUCUCUGCAAGAGAACAAUGCAAAACAAGGCAAGGCUGGAACUAGCUGACUAUGAAGCUGAGAGCCUGGCCAGGCUGCAGAGAGCAUUUGCCCGGAAGUGGGAGUUCAUUUUCAUGCAAGCAGAGGCACAAGCAAAAGUGGACAAGAAGAGAGACAAGAUUGAAAGGAAGAUCCUCGAUAGCCAAGAGAGAGCAUUCUGGGACGUUCAUAGACCUGUGCCUGGAUGUGUAAAUACCACUGAAGUGGACAUUAAGAAGUCAUCCAGAAUGAGAAACCCACAUAAAACACGGAAGUCUGUCUAUGGUUUACAAAAUGACAUUAGAAGUCACAGUCCUACCCACACACCCACACCAGAAACUAAACCUCCAACAGAAGAUGAAUUACAACAACAGAUUAAAUAUUGGCAAAUACAGUUAGAUAGACAUCGGUUAAAAAUGUCAAAAGUUGCUGAUAGUCUGUUAAGUUACACGGAACAGUAUGUAGAAUAUGACCCAUUUCUUGUGCCACCUGACCCUUCUAACCCAUGGCUGUCUGAUGAUACUACUUUCUGGGAACUUGAAGCAAGCAAAGAACCAAGUCAGCAGAGGGUAAAACGAUGGGGUUUUGGCAUGGAUGAAGCACUGAAAGACCCAGUUGGGAGAGAACAGUUUCUUAAAUUUCUAGAGUCAGAAUUCAGCUCAGAAAAUUUAAGAUUCUGGCUAGCAGUGGAAGACCUGAAGAAAAGGCCUAUUAGAGAAGUCCCUUCCCGAGUUCAGGAAAUAUGGCAAGAAUUUCUGGCUCCUGGAGCUCCCAGUGCCAUUAACUUGGAUUCUAAGAGCUAUGAUAAAACCACACAGAAUGUGAAGGAACCUGGACGAUACACAUUCGAAGAUGCUCAGGAGCACAUUUACAAAUUGAUGAAAAGUGAUUCAUACCCACGUUUUAUAAGAUCCAGUGCCUAUCAAGAGCUUCUACAGGCAAAGAAAAAGUCGGAACACUCAAUGGAUCGCAGAACAUCUUUUGAGAAAUUUGCACAGAAUGUGGGCAGAAACAUCCCUAUUUUCCCAUGCCAUAAAAACUGUACACCAACACUGAGGGCCAGCACUAACCUGUUAUGAAAAAGAGGGGAAAUCUCUCACGUCAAAGAGGUUAACAAGCCUCGUUCAGUCCUACUAAAAGGAUCAUCUUGUAGCAUGGAAGCAGACUGGAGUCAUUGCAUAUACUUUGUAGCUCUUUGUUGUUACCUGGAGCAGAGGACAUUAGGCCAAGAUGUUGCAUGAGCAAAGGACCUGAAUUGUUCUCUCUUUGUGUACAUUCAGGCACUGCCAUUCCAAGGGACUCUACCGUCUCAAUGCCUCCACUGCAAAAUGUUGUCUGCUUACUUUCUCCUUGUACUAAGCUGGAUCUGUGUCGUUUCCUUUUUAACAAGUUCAAGUGGAGUAAACCUUUUUUUUUUUCUUUCUCUUAAAGCUUCUGCUAGACACACAGUUCACUGAAAAUUCACUCAGUCAAAAACUGGAAGAAUUGUAAAAGAAAAAAGCAUAUAUCAAUAAGUAUACAUACGGCUUCACGUUUAUUAAACAAUAAGUUAGCACAGAAAGUUUCAUUUCACCAAUGUGUUCACAGUCAGAAACAAGCUUUGUCUUUGUCUGUUGUCUAUACAUUCUCAGUUAAUGUUUCUUGCAUUUAUUUUUAUACCAUAUUUAAAUAAGAAACGCCUUUUACUCCAAAUGUAUUAAAGUUGAUCCCUUCUCUGUAAAUUUGUGUAUGUUUAUAUUGUUGUUUUAUCUUUCAUUAAAAGAUGCAGAAUCUC